AUGGCUAUGAUUUUGAAUGAGCGUGAAACCAGUUCGGAGAGCAGUGCGCAGGGCGAACAGCCGCCAGACAGCGCCAGCUGGGAGAGGUACUUGGAAAGCAGAAGCCUUGUUCUGCAGUUCCUGCACUCCGACCUGAGCCCCCACCACCUCCAGCACCACCAGGACAAAGUUGAGCUCCUGAAGAAGAGCUCCUUCUACUUGGACAUUGAGCCCAAACACGUGUACGUGAGAGACCAGAACCACGUGAUGCAUCGCACUGACAUCUUGCAACUCAUCGACCCCUGCCAACUCCAGAGGAUGAAGAAGGUGGGAAAAAACCAGACUGAAAUCCAGCUGUCGCUUUUAACUGAGCUGUUAGAACAGCUGGGGCGAGGUCGGGAGGAGCUGAGCUGCUACGUGGAGACCUUUGACAUGAUAACUUUCCUCUCCCAGUGGGACUUGAUUAUGCAGAGAAUGUCCAAGCUCUCCGAGUUUAUGCAAACUCUCCUUUCCUUGCAAGUGCCAGGAAAGCUCCACGUCAAGCACCGUUUGGUGUCACAUGCAGAUCUCAGAGGCACUAGACUCCCCAACAUUAGGCUUUCCCUCUGUACAAAGAUGCCGCUGAUUUUUGAUCGAAGAGAAUCAUUUGCACAGAAGGACUGGGCCCAGCUCAAGUGGUUUACCGAAAAUCAAGAGUCACACCUUGAGCAGUAUGAACUGCACAUCACCUUACUGACAAACGGGAGUCAGACGGAAGCGGGGUACGGUAGGCUGCAGAACGUCACCUCCAACACGUGCGUAGUGCAGGGCCUGCAGCCGGGCAGAUCAUACGAAUUCACAAUUAGAAGAACGCACACUCACACAGUCGUCUUUAACAAAUGGCACGACAGCAUUAUAUUGAAGACAAAAACUGACGCUAUUGAAGACGUGGACAGCAGCUCUUGUGCACCAGAACCAUGA